GCUAGAGCGGAUGUCGUGUUUAUGUUCACUACAUUGCGAGCUGCUGAGUUCUUGCCAGCGUGCUAAUCUCUCAAUUAUACCCAAGUUUUACAGCUGUUCAUAUGGUGUAUCUUGGUGAAACGUUUCGAAAUCUUAUGUUGAAAUAUAAUUCAGUGAAGAGUUUUCGAAAUUCCGGCGUUUGACUAUCUCUUACUUUCGUUCCCGAUCAGGAUCCAGACAGUUCAGGGUCAAAGCCUACUCGCGACCCUUUUCACAAUUCUGACAACUCUUAAAUACUUGUUGCUAGGUAUAGCAGGCUGCUGUGUGGCUCAACGGUUUAAAACAUCUCGUGUCAUAUGAAAAAGAGGGACGCUAAAGAGGUGUCUAAAAUACCUGGGAAAUUGUUUUUCGCUUCAAAAAGUGGCUUUGUAAUCCGUUUAGCUUGUUAAAUAUUCAUUGCAAACACGAAAUGCCUGUUUAAUGUCUUAACAAUGCGUGUGUUAAUUUCAUUUACGCUCUCUCGAGAAAACUGUUCAAUUGAACCAAGGAACAACGGGAAACUGUGAACCUCUUUGUUCUUUGAGGUAGGUAAUGAAAAGCCAAUAACAAGAAGAGGAUAAACCAAACUGUGCUAGAGCUUUCAGUAAGUUAGAGGUAUUUUGCGAUUCCUUUUACACUAUUUUAAAUAACAAUUUUUCAUGGAACACGUAGGAAUGUAAGACCACUACAUUGCGAUUCCCUUCGAAACUCUGGCAAAAUUUGAUUACUUGACUUUCGAUUCUCAACAGUGCUUUUAUUUGUCAGAUGUGAUACCGAAAACCUUACCAUAUUUUAGGGAUACCUGAAUAAACCCUUAUUUGUACUCUUUUUCGAUACGUUAGGAGGACCAAUGUCACUGGUCUGUGUCAUAACUUUAGAAAUAAACAAACAUAUAGGAGCGUGUGCUCCGAUUACCCUCAAACUUAAAACGUGAUCUACAAACUGUUCGUCACGAAGACAUUCCUAGGAAUUCAUGUCUGCUAGAGAAGCACGUAAAUUUUCGAAAGGCAGUUUAAUAUGUAUCUGCGCCUUUUUUUCGAAUCAAGAUCUAAAAAUAUCGACCACCAUAGAAACAUGAGUAUCGUGUCUCUAAAGGCCAGCUUAUCUCGAUCCUUCAAGGUAUCAAAUUUUGUGGUAUUUCCCUUCAGGGCUUGUAUGACAUUUAUAAGCUGACACAAACGUUUAUUGCAAAGGCUUGCUGACAGACUUUCUUCUUUAUUGGAGACACAAUGUCCCGCUUGAAACACUAGAAAGCUAUUUGAUAACCCCACAUAAUGUGUCUUUUCGCGCUAGGUAUUAUGUCCUUUAAAUUAUGCUUAACCUCCGAACCUGCUUCUUGUUUUGAAAUACAACUGAAGACACACUCUUUAACUUCUUUAAAAAAGCAACUGAUUCGACAAGGAAUAAAAACUCUCUUACAAAAUGGAAUGUUUGGUAGAAUCACGCCUCUCACCUCAAUUAUUAAACCACCUAUGCGAUUCAUUUCCUCUUCAGGAUAUUUUUGACGCUUCUUGAAAAUAUAAUCGUAUUGUUUUUCGAAUUGUCUAAGAAACCAAAACAAAUGUUGAAUGGGGCAGAUCGUUUUAGGUCACAGUUUUCCUAUAAUGUGCGAGCUACCCGAUAUGAAAGCAGAUAGUGUUUUACGAAUGACUCGAAAUGCGAUCUUUUCGUUGAAAAUUAUUUGUACUCUAAGAGAAAAAAAUGACCUUUCAGAAAUGUUCACUAUACUUCCAUUUUCUUAAUUUUUUCUUCACAUGGAUAGGCUCUGUAAGUUUCAAAGAUGUCCUCGUAUUUAUAUUUCUUUAUACGUGGCAUAAUUAAUUCCACGAGUUAUCCCUUAAACCCAGUACGCUGAUUGAAGGGUGUUUCUUUACUGUCAGGUGUCAAAGAGACUUAACGCACUCGUACAGCCGCCCCACCAGGACGAAGAGCUAGAAGCUACAGGCGAUCGACCAUAUCAGUUGCCAAAACGGAAAAAUCGCAAACGGUAAGAACUUAGUAUUCUUUAAACCUUGUUAUCAUCAGUAUAAAAUUAAGAAGAGGUUUUUUUAUGGGUUUGACGCCUCUCGGUUGAUUUUUCGUUAGCUGGGAGCCAGUUAAUUAUGAUUCGAUAUCGCGUGGCAAAUCGGUCUCACGUAUCACGCAAGUUCAAAACUUAUCCCGAACCGCAAGAACACAACUUUGUAAGCGAGGAUUUGAUUUAACAACAUUUGUAUUUUAAUGGAGGCAAAACGAAAUUGGAUUGGGUAAACAUGCACUUGUAAAGGUGUUCCCGACAAGGGCUACUCUUAUUAAGAGAUGUUCUAGUUUUCGCUUUAAACAUGAUUAGAAAUAAUGGUUUUGUUAUGUAGCUUCGUUCCAAUUGCUUUACUCGAAUUCUUAUAACACAAAGCGAGACAAGCGACUGAUCGUGCCAUCAAGGGAAAAUGAAAGUUGGAGUAAAUAACUCGCGGGAAAUUGCAUGAAUUUUUAAACCAUCUCCCACACUUUCCCAUUUUCAAUAUCUUGUUUACAAGAGAAUGAUUGUGGCGAUCACCAAAGGCACUUGUCGUAGUUCAGAUCUACAAAGUGUGCGCGGUUGUGUCUUUGGAUAAUAGGAAUGUAUUGGAAAUUUUUAAUGUGGAUGGGAAUGAACCUUUUCUGCGAGAGGCCGGUAGCCGCCCGACCACGGUAGUCAGUUUGUACAAAGUACUUGUUUGGUUCACAACUGGUGGUAAUUUUUCGCCAACCUACCAAAAGAGCCUAAAUGAAAUUUGCCACAAAAAAAAAUUCGACACUCACAUCAAAACUAGUUUUUAUUAUUUGAUCUUAAGCAAAAUAAUCGAGAGAAUUUAAGUUUAUCUCGCGGGUCCUAAAUUCAACAAAGAAAGCCAGACGAGGACCCUGUAACAAUGUUGGUUCAAACACCCUUGGCUUUAAUAACUCAUUCAACGGCAAAUAUGGAAGGCAAAUGGGAGAGUACAUUCUCGUAUUGAGUCAACAACAAAAAUACAUUUUGCUUCUACACACAUGUCCAGCUUGUUUGCCUAUUAGUUGUAAUUGUUGCAUAUGUUGAAUCGAUUUAAAAGUACUGCAGCUUAAUACUGUCAUGGAAUUGUUCGGAAACACAGUGUUAAAACUUUAAGACUAGCGGGAGUUGAAUUAUCUCAUCACAGCUUUCCAGGGAAUAAAAAGUGGUAAUUUUUAUCCAUUCUUGAAGGGAGACUCCGAACUAUCAAAAUCAUAACAACCAAAUUCUUUCAGUAGUUUAUAAAUGAUAGUUUAUAUUAUGAUAAACGGCUUUACCAAUUACCUCUGUUAUCCUUUUUUAGACUCAUUUCAUGUGCGAGAGAACUAAGACCCUAACCAUUUACCGUGUAUUUUAGCCGCAUGUUAAUCAGGAACGACGAAAAAUAAACCUAGAACUAGAUUAAUUAACACCAGUACGGCAAAUCUCCUAAAACUACUUUUGGUUGAAAGAUAUGUGAGAAAUUUCACACUUUUAACAUAGUUCUUCGAAAGUUAAGUAGUUUACAUUGUGAAGGCAACAAUACUGUUCUCUGAGAUUUGUAAGAUGGCAUUUGGUUUGUAAAUAAAAAAGAGCCCAGAUGAAAUCGUAAUCCAUGGUUAAGAGAAGGCAAAAAAGAAAAAGAAAAUGAAAACGGAUUAACAAUGGGGUUAGCUUGUUGAGCGGGAAGCAUUUUAUUAUAGGAUAAACAACUAGCGAACAGAAAGACGACAGAAGAAGAUUAUGAAAACGUUAACACGCUUUUAAAUUAAAUCUUGGAAAAAAAAAGAAAUCCAGAAAAGAAUGUUAUUCCCAUCCUACAAAAUAACCGGCUACCGAAAGAGAAAAUAGAAGAUAAACGAGGCCUUUUUCAUGUAACUUAAUACCCAGCGUUAAAAGCACGUUUUCAACGCUAAGGAACACAAAGGAGAGUGAAAUUAUGGUUUUCGGCGAAAAUGAAUGCGGAUAAAACCAAAUGUGGACAAAAGCACUGACUGGUUUACAUUUAGGCUCUAAUUGUAUCCUUGACAUUUUCCCGGUGGAGAGAUUUAUCGAAAGAUACCAGCGAAAUUGAAGGCGGGGCCAUCCAGAGGUGAAGGAAAAUACGCAACAAACUCUUAGCAAUAAAUCUAUUAGUGGUGAUCUGCGAAAUUCAGUAACGCAACUCUUCUACCUAGGGUAAAACCUCUAAAUGUCAAUAUUGCCAACGCAGCCCACACGGGCGAUAACAUCUGAGCUGAUAUCAAGGUAACCCUAUAUCGAUAUAUCACAACUGGGAAAUUACGAAGGCUACAUUGACAGACAUGAGGGCGGCUUGGCAAACCAUCUGGUGUAACCAAAUCGUAAAAUAAAUAUCCAAGUUUAACAUGUGUGUUGUGAGAGCCAUAGAGGAAAUAUCUCUUCCUUUCAAAUUUUUAGAGUUUGAUAUUACUCCAGGUUUAUCCUCUGACUAAACGAAGAAUAUCUCGAAGCACUUGAAACGCGUUUGAUUUUUGGAAAUAAGUAUGAUUGCUGCAAUAAGAAUCAGUGUCAAAUGGUUACAACUUACAUAUUGUUCUAGCCCGAAGUAUAUUAAGACAUCCUUUGAUACGUACCGCUAAAGUUGAAAUAGAACGAGUAAAUAUAUGGUGGCGAUAUCGUUUAAUUAAAAGACAAUUUUGAAACUGAAUUGUAUGCGCUUUAGAAGAAAACCAUCAACUCGAUAUACACUCCUUGUCAUGUCGAUCGACACGACCAGGGAAGGCACUUAAUAAAGUGGCGCGGUUAUUCAAAUAUCAUCGGAAGGUAUCGCUCAUGUUGCAACUAAUUGUUGUUAUUCGUUAGCGAGGAAUAUCAUUUUUAAAGAGCGCGUCUGGUGAGGGCUGCAGAGAUUAACUUUCUUGUUUUGUUGUUUUGAAUAAGAACAACUUAGGAGACAAAGCAAGCGGUAAUUUUCCUUAAACCUAAAUUUUGGACAUUCGGACAGACCUGCAUUUUGCCUAUUUCUGACUUUAAAAUCGAUUCAAAUGGGAGUGAGCUCUCAAAUUUUCAAUAUCGGCUAAUUUGGAUAUCAGAUAUUCUAAAUCGGUUGACAAAGAAAAAAGAUACGAGGGUCGUUAAAGAAACUUCAAAGUCGAUAAAGAGGUUGGAUUUCACUUCCGAAUCGACCCACAGUUUGUCCUUCAUCCUUCCUCACACAAAGUUGUUUUGCCACUAUUCUAUUAGGACACUGGAAAAAGAUGGGACUUCGUGGCGCGAUUGAUCAAAUAACAUCGCAUUAAGACUAUGGUCCCAGGUGUAAAAGCUGACAAACGAAGUGUUGUUUCAAAAAAAAAAAAAAAAAAAAAAAGAGCAGGUUUUCACCUGUGAUUAAAAGAGAAACUUUUCAAGCGCAGACUAAGGACAUGGUAUUACGAAAUUCAAUUAUCAUCAUCUAUAACAGAAUGUCGUUUUAUGUUUUAUUAGCAGUAAAUUGAAAUAUUUCUAUACGUCGGGGAUUCUAUGAUGCUGGGACAGGUGCUAGUAUUGUUUUCCUUUAGCUCUAUGGCUCUAACGCUAUCUCUUUGGACACUGUUGGCCAAAAACUUUAUAAUUUAAUCCUUGAAAAUUUCUUGGAAUAAUCCAUUCAUUUCCUCUCAUUCUUUCCAGUACCACGAUUGAUACACCAUCUCGGUCCUUCUGAAAUCAUUGAAACGAUUACGGUUAGAACUCGAUGUAAAGAAAAUCCUUCCUGCAUAGCGUGCUCUUUUAACCUUGCAAAUCCUCAAAUUUAAAAACGAGCGUACAACCCUGCUUCGGUUGAAAGUUGAGGUGAAGUUGUCACCACAACGACCAAAAUGUACUGAGAGACUUUACAAUAUCAACAACCAUAAUUCAACUCAGAAUGAGCACCCUUCUUUCAAGAGAAAAGAUAAAAAUUCUGCGAUAUAACUUUCUGAAAACAGUAACUUUUAGUUAAAGAACCAAUCUCGCGACAUCACUGUCUUUCAGAAUUAAUGCAAUCUUAGCGUGAGGCCAUCGAAAUGAAACGUGUCAUGAAAUAAUUUUGACCUGUGUUGGACCGUUUCUAUAUCGAUAUUUAAAUUUUUUUUCAUUGUAAACCUUUUCCCUCUUAGAGUACACAGCAGUGCGUUAACCUAAAAUAGUUCCGAAGGAUAAUAUUCUGGAUAGGAAGGGAAAUUGGAGUUCCGAUAUAAGACUGUACAGCCGUGCGAAACAAUAACCCUUUCCUAAAAUUAUUACAGCUCCUUAGAGACUGCAUAGCUCCAUUUUCACAGUUAAGAGGCUGACAAAAGGACAUCUAGUCGUGAUAUCGCAUCCCAUUCAGUGUCUUGAACGUUAAUUAAGUUUCACCUGCAAAGAAAAAUUGGCCACCCGCCAUUCGGAAGAGCCGUGCUAGGCUUUCGCGUCUACUUUGUUUUAUUCCACUAUGAAAUCAAAACAUCUUCCCACUGUUUUAUCAUGCUCGGAGUCGACACGCAGGGACCGUUUUACAGAAACAUAAAUCAUAUAAAAUCUAUGUCCUCGCUAGAAAAUAGGAAAUGAUCGAAUUUUCGUGGCCUCUAAACACAAGUGUUCAUGUAUAAUUAAGAACGGGAUUUAUAAACCACUAUUCUGCAACUGUUGCAUACUUCAAUCGAUUGGAUCACACUUGUCCCCGAAAGGAGAAAAUAUUUUGUUUUACAGUCCCAAAACUAAAACCGCGGAAGAACGACAAAACAGUAAAACUUAUUCUAAAACUUAAACCUGACGCUUUUCAGAUCAAACAUCCGGUUUAUCAGGGCAAAAAAAGAGAGAUAUAUCUAUAUAUAUCAAACGACACAACGGGGACAUUGUUUCACCUUCUUGCAGUGGGUGUAAGAUGAGAAUUCUCCUUUACGUUAAACGUCGGAGAAGACAAUAAGCCAACGCUAAGCCUGUCUGAAACCAGGAAAUAAAAUAAUAGUUUUAUCGCAAGUAAUAAUUAGCGUUAAGCCAUAAUAUCGACGAAAGCGGGUCCAAAAUAAGCUGACACGUUUCCCGCACGCGACGAAUGGUGUGGAUUCCCACUUCGCUUCGAUGGAAGGGACUUCAGUCAGAAAAUCUUGGCGAAAUCUUUAACCCAAAAGUAUUGAAGCAAGACACUGUAGUAAAAAAUAUAAUUCAUUUGACGUAAUACCCCAGGUCCUUAUCUAAUAUCGAUACACAUCCUGCAGGAAGAAAAAUAUUAUCGACGAAUUUCCUUUGGGAACUUUGAGGAGAUGACCUCAAGGGUACCUUUUAGGAGCAGAGAUUUCAAACAGAGAUACUAGAAGUGAUAACAAUUUACAACGUACGCGUGAAGUGAAGUAACAUUUUUAAUAAAGAAAACACCUAGAUAAAAACAAGAACUUUCAAGCAUUUUUAAUUAGAAUUGGAAGCAUUCUAUUUCGUUUGUGGAGAAACAGAUGAGUCAAUGUUGUGGGUGGGCUGGGAAAAAGCGCUGUCACCAUUUAAACAUUUCUGCCAGUGGUUUUAAUUUUUUUCCAGCCCGAUGUUUAGUCGAAAAUAAUCGUAUUAUGAUAGCGAUCUUGUAAACACAGAACUUAAAAUCAACUGUUUGUACUUCCCAUGUGGAGAACAAAGCUCCAGUAUGACACCGUCCUGAAUUUUGACGGAAAAUGUUUAAGAAUUGAAGCAUAAAAAUAGACACGAAGAGGAAAUUUUGAAAUUCCAUUAACCACGAGUUAAAUAUAAAAUUUCAAAACAUCCUAUGAGUUGAUACAAUUUCAACGGCAUGAAACCAAAAAAAUAUUCAAAAUGAAGAGGGAAAGCCUGGUAGCACACGCUUGGACUGUCAUUGCAACCUGCUCCUAAUGGCCUGUCAAACAUUUCAUAAAUUAUUCAUUUCGUUUUCUCUCUCUAAUGGAAAGGCACACUUAGCGAGUAAGAAUAAAACGUCUCAAAUUACACAGUUUUAUGGCUUUCUCAAGACAAGGAAAAUGUGCAAGUUGAAUUAAACAGAUAAGUUGUGUACUUUCGCAUAACUUCAUUUUCGCAUGUAAUCCUCCUGAUAAAUAAAACGAUUCGCCUUUGAGAACUCUCUUCACGACCGAAAAGGCAUCUUUGCUAAAUUGCUUUAACAAGCCUAUCUGAUCUUCAACAAAAAAUUAAGUGAUGAGAUUAACACUGUAGCGGAGCGCGCCAAGUUAUAAACACUACCCUGGAUUGCCGAUGUAUUCGUCGCGAUUUGCCGGUUAAAUUCGAACACCACGCAAAACCUCAUGCAAAUUGAAGGACAAAAAAUGAUCUCCGGUAAUUUUGAGCUUCCGACUAAAAUGCGGGUGAACUUUUUCCGAGAAUGUCACGUUUGUAAUUAAGGAAAGUCUACGAGCUAUACAUGACAAAACCUUACAUCUUUUAAAGCAUUAUUAAACAUGUUGCUAAUUAUAUUUGGAAAAUGUAUGUUGUGGUAAAUUUUGAGAGAUAGUUCACCGUUUAGAAUUGAGUAGAUAAUUUUAGAUUCUCAAGAUAGAAAUACAAAUACGUAGCCAAGAUUUUAAGAAAUCAAAGUUGUAGUUUCCUUUUUCCGAUUAAUUCUUGUUAGUUCUGGAUAAACGGUCUUUUAUUCGGCUUCUAGGACAAAAUAAGAGUAAAAGUAGUAUCCAAACCUUCAAUUUUCGCAAACCAUUCCUUGGUCGUGAUUCGCCUGUGGUCUUAGGGUGAAGGAAAAGGUAAACGGGGAACAAAUAGGAAAUCGCUCUAACAAAAAUUGGAUCGGCUCUUUAUUUCUCUUUUUUUUUUCAAAACGCAAAGACGAAACAACAAUCUGGAUAACACCUGGAUUAGCAGAAGAAGACAAGCCAUUGUUUAACACGUAUUUCGUUGAUUGGUUUGGCUGUCAUUUCGACAACGACAAAUUUGCAAAAUCAAUAAACACUACCUUUGUUCGUGCCCGUCUCUCAUAACAUUAUUAGCCUUCUAAAUUAGCAUCUUUUGAGUAAUAGCGCGAUGUAAACAAUCUAGUUCUACUCCCUUACGUCUACCUUUCUAAAAGUUGCCAUAACAAAUAGUCUCGGGUAAGAAAUACGAUCCAACUAUAGGGUUACAAACAUAACAAUUCAUGGCAGAUAAGCUGUAGAGUUCAAAUUUGUCAGGCUCGCCACCGUAUGUAGUUUUUAAGGUAAAUAACAAUCCAAAAAGCGAGGACGAAUGUAAUUGCGUUUAAAGCUUGUCGGUAAGCCUUUCUUCUCAAGGACCCAUGUUCCAGCGGAAGUGGCAAUUUUUGAAGACGCAAAGAAAGCGAUUGACAUUGUUUCUAUGGUGUUUGAUUAAAAAUCUACUGAAAAAAUAUAAACCAUCUGGAUGGCGAGAGUUGGCCAAUCACGACUCAGGGUUCAAGUUCUAAUCUUAAUUUAAUAAUGACAUUGUCACGCCAGUGAAUGAAAAUUAGUCUGAUGGUUAGUGGGUGACAUUGGCUUUUUAACUGUGUGCAAUUUGAUUCCAACCAGCUAUAAAGAGCGAGUACCGUCUUAAGUUCAGACAAAUAGACAAUACAAAGAAGUGAAAGGAUAAACUGUAACCGGCAGAGUAACACCCUCCAAACAACAAAGUAUGCUGCCAACAUUUAGUUUUACACCGGAGCAGGUAGCGUGCGUGUGCGAAGUACUACAGCAGAGCGGAGACAUAGAACGUCUCGGAAGAUUUCUUUGGUCUCUCCCAGAAUGCGAAACCAUCCAGAAGAACGAGAGCGUGCUAAAAGCAAAGGCAAUGGUUUCCUUCCAUCAGGGAAACUUCCAAGAGCUGUAUCGCAUACUGGAAAACAACACGUUUUCUCCAAGUUCGCAUCCCAAGUUGCAGUCGCUCUGGUUAAAGGCGCACUACAUCGAAGCAGAGAAACUCCGCGGUCGGCCGUUAGGAGCCGUGGGGAAAUAUCGUGUUCGACGCAAAUUUCCAUUGCCGAGAACAAUCUGGGACGGCGAGGAAACUAGUUACUGUUUCAAGGAAAAAUCAAGGAACAUAUUGCGAGAGUGGUACUCGCACAACCCAUACCCAUCGCCUCGAGAGAAGCGCGAGCUUGCUGAGGCAACAGGUCUAACCACUACACAAGUAAGCAACUGGUUUAAGAACAGAAGGCAGCGGGAUAGGGCAGCGGAAGCCAAAAUAAGGUUUGUGUCUCGCUAGUGUGAUGCCCAUCUAUUUAUGGCUUGUACUCAUGAUCGUUUACCUUCACCUCAGUCACUUUGUAUAGCUUAUUUUGUCAUACAACACUAAAUUAGCCAGCCCAUAUGGGCAUAAACUCGCCCUUGCUUGCAAGUUAAACAUCAUAUUUUUAACUUUCAAUUUCGCCUUGAUCAGAGAAUUUAUUGAGCUACUCGAGGGUCGGAAGUUGAUAAAGCGACUUAAACUGUAACUAGCUGUUCAUUUCAUGCAAAUUUAAUUUUCUUCAAGAAGGAGGAUCAUUUUCAUCAUACAUCAAACAUACAUGUAUACAUAACCGCGUGUGCCGAAGCAAAGUGACCACAACACCACGCAAUGAGAUUUCCGCGUUCACGCUCGUUGAUUUACAAUCUUGCCAAAGAGAAUCGGAUACGAGAAAAUUCUCAUUUGAUUUGGCCCUCCUCUUUUGAUAACACAUUUAAAACAACCAGCUUGCUCGCUAGUCGAUUGACAACUUGCGAUAUGGUUGGCAGCCUCUACUUUCCACAGUGCUUAGGGUUGCAUGAGAGGCUUUCGGUCGAUAUCAUUCCCCUCAAUUAGUCGCUAUUUUUGAUCGACAGGGAGACUCGAUACUUGCAACGACUUCUUAUCACUUGCGAUAUUAAAGAAGCUUAGAAAGACCGAGUUAAAAAAAAUUUAAAAACCGGUGUACAGUAAGACAGAGCGCACAUUUAUUUAAUAAGUGUUCGUGCUUGUUUGUCAUCGUAAUGGUUGCCUUUGCACGAUUUCAAACAGGGAAUCAACGGUGGACAUAAGAACCAAGCAGAUGUUAAACCCUGAGAAGCAGGCGAUGCUGAAUGACGUGAAAAAGUGUGGUAUACCCGACUUCUCCCAAUGCAUGAAUGGAUCACAUAUACCCGGCACUCACACUCCUGUUCCUGUCAAACUAGAAGUGGAUGACCCAACUCUAAUGGCUGCAAUGUCGCAUGAGCCUAUGGCGCCCGUUUCGGGGACUGAAUUCACCCAUGGACUUCACGACAGCCACAUGCUAACUACGUUAACAAAUUCUCUCGUAGGACUCUAAAUGCACCACGCUUUAGGAAUUGCCAAUGAGACUUAAGCCUUUCUGCAGCUGGUUACGUCGUUUGAACGGAAAAGAACCCGUCUUCUUCUCUUGCACGGGAAAAUCUUUCCAAAUGCCACAGCUUAAAGAAUUUUUUUCAGUUUAAUAAGAUAUUUAGCAUAGCUUAUAAAAGCGUAGUUAUAUUAUAAUUAGAAACUAAAGCUAAACCAUUGGGAAAUUCGACAAUAGCUGCCUCGUACUUGGGGCACAAUGAACUGUUAAAUAAUAGCUUCAUUCAUACGCGAAGUUGUGUACAAGGUAAACACCGACGCAAGCUUAUAACCUUGCAUGCGUAUCACGCUUAAAACCAAAACGUCGGUAUUGCGUACCAAUAAAAAAGGUCAUGUAUCUUCAAAAGAAUUAUGUGUAUAAAGCAAAUGUUUUCUUGCAGUCAUGUUUAAAGUACUAUCACCUUGUGUUAUUCCAUAUAUUAAUCUUGUACAGUAUUCUUUCACGAGCGACCAGUUGGUUGAAAGCAACUGUGGCGUCCUUGUUAAAUGUCAGACGACUUCGCUGUACACCUUAAUUUGCAGUGGAAAUAAAAAUCCCCAGAAUAACAUGACGUGUAGUGCAUUAGCUUAGCCAACGCGACCUUUCAUGCGAUAAGUUUUAUUAUUUUCCGUUAAAUAUAUUCAGUGGUUUCUCGUUUUACAUGCGGACAUCUUCUCAAAUAACGCCAUAUCACUUUGAGGAAAUUGAAAACCAUUUAAGAGAACCCACAAUAUAUUCAAGUACGCUGAGUUCACUCAGCGUCGAUCGUCUAAAAAGUUAAGAGAUUUGUUCGUUCAAAAGGAGAGUGACUUAUUUUUAGGGGCUACAUGCAGACUUCUAGCCAAAUGCACACCGAUUAGCUUACAUAUUGAGAGGUUACUGUAAGUUUGACUUCGUAAAUACAACUUGAUUCGCUGCGUUAAGGAUGUUCCAUCAUUGUUAUUUUUACAAUAAAUCACAAUGAGCGGUGCUUAAGAAGGAAAUUUGGGCAAUAAAAAGAUUGGGUUUCUCGUGCUUACGCGUUAUGAUUUCAAUCAGGGUCCAAGGUCUCAGGAUCGAGCGUAGAGUUCUCGCGCUAGUGGCGCCGCUGAGAGGCAAAUCGUUCAACCUUUCGCCCUUUCUUUAUAGCCGA